CUCCUCCUCCUCCUCCUCGCACUCUCUUCUCGCUCCUCGCCCCACUCUCGUUGCCCAGCCCCCCGUCGCAGCGCAGCCGGCGGGCGGCCAUGGCAGAAUUCUUCAGGUCAUUGAUCGUUACUACCAAGACAAUUGCUACGAUGAUACUUCAUCCCUCGCUUUGCCAGAUUGAGGAAUUGCUUGCAUGGAUGGAGUGCCCAAAUUGCAAAUACUGCAUUGAUAAUACUGAUGUUUUAUCACAGUGGCCAGGACUCCCUGCUGGUGUUAAGUUUGAUCCAACUGACCUUGAACUGCUUGAACAUUUAGAAGGAAAGGUUGGCAGGGCAGCAUCCCAUGUACUAAUAGGUGGUUUUAUUCCAACCAUAGAGGAGGCCGAAGGAAUCUGCUAUACACAUCCGGAAAAUCUCCCUGGUGUCAAAUUAGACGGAAUCGCCAGUCAUUUCUUCCACAAAAUAUCAAAUGCCUACGAUGUUGGCAAGCGUAAGCGUCGCAAGAUUAGCCACAGUGACCACACUGUUUGUGAUGAGAUUCUCAGAUGGCACAAGACUGGAAAAUCCAGAUCUAUCUUAGAUAGUAACGGUGUCAUAAAAGGGUGGAAAAAAAUACUUGUUCUUUACAUAGGUUCUCGGAAAGGAGGUGGCAAGACAGUAAAAACUAAUUGGAGAAUGCAUCAGUAUCACCUUGGGGUAGAUCAAGAUGAAAAGCAGGAGGAGCUUGUUGUUUCCAAAGUCUUUUAUCAGUUGGAGUCAAAUAAUGCUGGGGAAAAUGAUCCUACAACCCCGAUAACAUACCUUCCGCAGCCUCGUCGCCCAAAUGGUAGCCCAUCCACAACCGAGCAGAACCAGGAGGGAGAGUCCCGCAUGUCUACUGUCCGGGAAGCCGUGGAAUGGCUCGCUGGAAGCUCGUCGCAUACCGUGGAGGACGCAGUGGUGUCUGGCCUGGACGAAGACCUGUCACGCGGCAGAACCCCGGACGCCGCCUGCCCUGACCCUGAGGGGCAGCUUCUGCCUCUUGACGCGGAGGCGCCCCAGGGGUUCGCUGACGACCUCGGAGCGCCUCCGGAUAUCUCCCUUCCACCCCAGGACAUGCAGUUGGGGUCGCAGGAUAGCAUGGAGAUGUGGCUGGCCAGCGUGUUGACAGAGGAUGAUGAGGGGUUUGAAGUAGCGGCGCAACAAGAAGAGGCUGGUGGCUGGUUUUUCUCUUGAUGCAGCAUGGUGUAUCUCUGUGCCUGUGCGUGAGUGAUGGAUCUCCGAGAAAAUUUUGUAUAUGAUCCUGAGCUUACCAAUUGAACGCAGCUCGGCUAUGUUUAAUGUGUGUAGUGGUAGCAGGCAUUUGUUUUCAGAUGUGGGAGCACCGCUCCCAAUUUCAUGUCCAUGUUAGUCGGAAUGAUACUCUAUACAACAGUCAGUCCUUUGAAACUUGUCAAA